GUAGUUCUUUGUCAAAUUGCCAGCAUAUUAAAUUUACAGAAGUUUAAGAAAUGUGGAAAUAACUUACCUUAGUUUUUAAGUUGAAAGUGUCCUAUAAACAUGAACAUCCUUCAACCAUUCUGCAUUGCAAAGGAGACUAAGUACCAACUACCAAGGUUCAUCGCCUUGGGGGGUUUCCCUGUUGCAUAGAAAUGCCCGUUCCUCGAAGCCAAUUCCAAAGACCUAUUUUCCUAGUAGUAGCAACUAUUGCUUGGCACAAAUAAUGGCAAUCAAUGUAGUUUGAUUCCAAGAAGUGAAGCCGUCGACGAAGCAACAUGUCAGCUGAAAAAGAAGAAACUCUUGCGGGUCGUGGAGGAGAUCUCGUGUGUUGGGAUAAACUGGUCAAAGCCAUGCGUACUGUGUGUCAAAUUUCAGUUAUGAAUGAACCUGAAUCUACACCUGUGAGGUAAGGCGUCAAUACCUAAAAAAUCCAAAUGACCAGUACCACAGCUAUUUGUAAUUGUGCAAACAGAACUAUAUUUGGUAUACUUUCAAACCAAGCGACAUAUAAAAUAAAAAAGUCACAUAUUGAACCUGUUUUGAACCUGUGGGCAAGUGUGUUGACCUAAGAUCCUACUCAGAUCUACACAACAAUUUGGUUAAAAAUGAAUUUAUCCCCGAGCCGGCGGCGCGAAGCGCCGUGCGAGGGUACUAAUUCCCCCCGGCUAUUUACACCCGGAGAAACGAAAGCAUUAGGGACAGUGAACUCUAAUAAUAACUAUUAUUAUCCCCGAGCCGGCGGCGCGAAGCGCCGUGCGAGGGUACUAAUUCCCCCCGGCUAUUUACACCCGGAGAAACGAAAGCAUUAGGGAAGUCUGAAGUUCAUCAAUGAGCGCGGGCGUCGGUCACCAACGAUGGGUGGUCAUCCUCACUGAUCUCAAAAAAAUGGCGGACUGUCAUUAAAAGCGGACACUGAUUGGUCCAAUUUAAAGUUUGCAUUAUAACGGCUGCAUGACGACAGCGAAAUAGCAAACAUUUGACAUUUCUUGAUUUGAUGAGUUGAUGAUUGACAAAUUUCUUGCAAAUAUUCUUCGUUUUUGCUCGUAUUUCUGCAAGAUUUUGUAAAUUUCAAGAAAGAAAGGGCGAAAGAAUCAGCUAAAAGAAGGGAGCCGACGUUAACAAAGGUAAGUUUGUUUUAAAUAUUGAUUUUAUAAUGGCUUUAAAACCCGACGGCCUUUGCGUAUAUGAAACAACUAGACAAGACAGCAUAUAAUUUCAGUGUAUCUUUAAUAUUGAUUCCCUUUUUUAUUAUAUUGAAUUUUUUAAAUAAAAAUAAAGCAAAGUUAUUUGCAAGCGAGAAUUUGAAAUCAUUUUAUUGCAAACUCAAAGUUUAUCGAUAAAGCCAUUUAAUAGUUAAAGGCAGUUUAGUUUUAUAAAGAACACUUUAAAACGUUUUGUGAAUUGUUUGUGGUUGAAUUUUACCUUAAAUUGAAGCUUGUAUUACGUAUAAUUACAUACCGAACAUAAAUAUGUUGGGAAAUUGAUAAUUUUGUAAUUAAAAGUGAUAUUUUUAGGCGAUUUUUCAUUUGUAUUAAGAAUAUUCUUAAAAAAUUAUCGUGUUACCAUGACAACUACUUUAGAUACUUCAUGUUCGUAAAAUACAACGGUUUUGUCAGCAAUGCGAGGGCACAGAUUAAGAGGACUCUUAAUCUGUGGCGAGGGUUUCUGCAUGCAUGUAUUUUCUAGUUACAAAUUAAACUAUGAUUAUUUUGAGAUUUAACCCAUUAAGCUGCAGAGCUUCUAAAUUGACAAGUAAAAUUGUCUGGCGUUAGACAAGUAAAAAAUAAGUAGCGUGCACUGGGGCACAUUACAGCUCAAUGGGUUAACUAGAGACAUUGUCAGAUUUUUUGGUUAACCCACUAAGCUGCAGAGCUUCCCCAUUGACGAGUAAAAUCGUCUGACGUUAGACAAGUAAAAAAGUAGGGCACACUGGGGUGCAUUGCGGCUCAAUGGGUUAAAACUUUAGUCUAUAUUACAUGUUUUGAUUCAAUUGAAUCAUUCCAACAUAGUUUAUAUCAGUCACUGUAAUCCAAAUUAAAGUUCAUGUUACCAGAUGUACGGGUGAUUUGAAACGAAUAGUCUUUCUUGAAUGGCAUUUUGACACAGUCGAAUAAGAACACAUCACUAUAUUGUAGCACAAAAUCCACAAAUGUUUUGCUGUAACUGUCCUUUGUUAAACAAUAAUAGCCAACAUGUUCCCUUGAAAAGAUUAUUAUUUUGCAUGAGAGAAUAUUAUGAAGAGUGCACUGGAUGUCUAAGGCCCGGUUUAGACGCCGUGCUUAUCAUGAGCCGAACUUAAUGUUAAUUAACAAAGUUCUUUGUUUAAGCUCAUUUGCAUUAAGUUCGGCUCAUGAAAAGCACGGCGUCUAAACCGGGCCUUACGGGCUUUUGAGGCUGAUGAGGAAGUAUCAUACUUAUACAAACAGUAGAUAGAGCAAACCCAAUCUAAUCUUUUGUUGGUGACGGUUUUAAAUUAUUUGAGAUUUGGGCAGAAAGUUUGGCUAAAGUAUCAACAGGUAACAGUUUUUUAGGGCAAGUCGAGUGAUUUCUUGCAUACUGCGAUUUAACAAGGUACAAUUGGCAGAGAAACUGGUUAUAACCAGAGUGGCAGGGAAAUAUUAACUUAACAUACACCUCUAAAGUUGUAAUAACUUACAAUAUGAAGUAACUGAAGCACAUAAAUUAAACCAGUUCUUGCUGUAUGUCUCAGUGUCUGUUGUAUACAAUGCUGCACCAGCUUUUCCCUUGAACAUGCCUUCCUGUGCCAAUUUGUACAGUAACUUUCUGUGGUGAGUAAUUGCUACAAAAUGAAAAUUGGGAUUAUUCUACAGUCCAAGUUAAUUUGUAGAUAAUCCUACUAUUACCCAAAAACCUCAUUAGCCAGACUCAUUAUUUUUAUUAAAGUUAUACACAAGUUUGUCUUUUUUAAACAUUUUUCUUAGUCACAAUGAAAGCUACCUGUGGGAAAUACCUGGUCACCAGAUUAUCUCGCUAUCCUGCUUGGAUAUGACCAACCACAGGUACAUUUAGUAAGAAUGCCAUUCUAUCAUCUGUGGGUAGUUGGUACAACACUACAAUGAGCUAACUCUGGUAUCUGGGCUGCCUCGGUUCAAUAUAAACACACAACUUGACUCAUAAACAUUUACUAAUGCCAUGUUAGGGUCUGCAUACUACUUAGCAUAUUGGGCUAUUUCUUCAGGGCAAUCAGGGGUACACUAUAUUUCCUCAAGGGUACACUAUAAUUUCCUCAGGGGUCAGUGUUUUGAGCUUGGAAUUACUCAUAACUAUGAGAAACAUAUAUCCUGAAUGUAUUCAGGGAAUUCAGCAACAUGUGUAUUUAGGGGUUGUCUGGAUAAUAAAUGCACAUAUAGCUAUGUAAUAUGAUAGCACAAUAUAGAUAAAACAAAGGAAGGAUUCUUCUCCUCUCAUACAAAGCAAUAGAACUUUCUUUGGCGAUUAUACCAAUAUUAGCUAAAUGAGUCAGUAUUGAUAUCCUCUCAAUACAUCAAUAUAAACAAUAUUCAUACCUUCUUGAAUCUUGACAGCUGUAGCCUGUAAAUAUUCUAGUUUGUUGUCGUUUUAUAUAUCAUGAUUUCGACAGUUUGACUUGCUUGGAUCACAAUGUUAUGACAGUAUUUAUUGCUUGUAAUUAUAAUCUGUAAAUACAAAGCAAUAUCACAAAGAUUUAAUGUAUUUUAAUAACAAUGUAUUAUUGAACCCAACACAAAAUAAAAUGCGACCAACGGCACAGGCACGGGUAGUUUAAAUUCUAUGUAAAUAACAUUUACAAUACAUUCAUACAGCAUAUAUAUAAGGAAAAUCAGUGUAUUUUUUGCUGGCAAAAUUUGGCUAUUUUAAGCAAGCAUAAUUCCCAUUUGGAAAACAUCAGGUUUUUCCAAGAUCUUAGAUUGGGUUUUGUUCCUAAUUAAGAUAUUAUUUUCUUGAUUAGGAUCCUAAGUGGGAUCUUAGGAUCUUAAGUAGGAUCUUAGGAUCCUAAGUAGGAUCUUGCUUGGAAUUAAGAUCCUAAACCAUCCAUUUUUCCUAAUUAAGAUCCUAUAGGAUCCUAAUUAAGAUCUUGUUCCUAAAGAGAAUCUUAUAAGAUCUUAUAAGAUCCUAUAAGAUCCUAAUUAAGAUUUCUACCAGGGUACAGGGCAUGACAGUAGAUGACACAUGCUUUUUACCCACAGUAUAGUUUUAUUUAAUUUACCGUAGUGAUAUUUGCAUCCGUAGUGCCAUUCAGAGUGGCAAAUGUAGUGAUACGUAGCUGGGCCAUUCCAUUUAAUGUCCACCGACUCCACCCCCAAUGGAUGGAUUUUUCUGAAGGGUGACCCCAAAUUUGUUUCUGAGGAGUUAAGCCUGUCGGCAUCCUUUGAUCUCUGUGAUUUUUCUGAGAGGUCAGGGGGAAAUUUACAAAUUUCUGAGGGGGGUUUUGUGUCAGCACUUUGAUCUUUUUUUCUUAGGGGCUAAAAUGUUACUGACCUCAUCCAUAGUGGAUGUGACAAACUCUGACUGGGUAUGGAUAUUAAAUGGAAUGGCCUGCUCUGAGUUCACAGUUAGUAUACUAUAUGACAAACCACUCUGUUAAGCCAGUUUUUAGCAUUUUCUUUUGUGUUGAAGUCAUUCCACUCUAGUGCUCAGGAAACAAGGAAAUAUGCUGCGCUUUGCUACGAUACGGUUGAAGUGGAAAACUAUGCCUGUGAACACAAUAUAGUCUAUGGCUGUGAACACAAUAUAGUCAAUACUAGAAACAUGGUAAAUUUUUAACAGAAUGUUAGCCAUAGCAUUAUAAUUAUAGCCUUAGUAUCCAAUCAAAAUGUCCCAGGAGAAAUGUCAAUUUCAUAUUAAAACAAGAACAAUCUAUAAUUAUAAUUACAACUACUAAGUAUAAUCAUUAUAUAGUAUUAAAGCAUUAACCAUUGAAAACAAUACUGGCAUUAAAUAUGUUCAUUAAAUUGAUUAAAUUUAUUUGACCAUAUGUCAAGGCAUGUACUAGCUAAAAGUACAUGCCAUUGACAUUGUGUAACACUUGUACUUUUGAACCAAUCAUAAUUUUGUUAUUAUUACGCAUCAAGGAAGGGCUGUGGAACACUUGUAGAACGUAUAGUUCAUGGAAAGAGCAUUAUUGCAAUCCUCACUGACAGUCAAGUAAUAUGUAAUGAAGAAAUGGCAGAAAAAUCAUUUGCCACAUUCACACGCGAUGGCACAGAUGAAACAAUGGUUGUACAGUUAUAUCCAGAUAUUUUCUUCCUAUCCAAUGAGGUAGGUUAUUUAUUUAUUUAUUAUUCAUUAACUUUACGAUCAUACUAAAUUAUAACAAUGAUUGAAGGUAUGGUUGUAAUACCACACUACCAGUAGUCAGUGUAAAUUUUAUACAUUUAUUAAUUAGAACAGCCUCUGGCAGGAUAGUCCCUCUGGCAGGAAUCAAAUCAAUAGCUGAAUUUUUGCAGCUCUGCCCCAGCAGAGCAUUUAUACAUUUAUUUAGGUAAAUUUACACUCAAAAUUUCCAUCUACAAAAUCCUCGAACUUGUAUUUUGCGAUACCAGAGAAAGGUCCCGAGACUUUAUUGGAGCAAAUCUAAAUUAUAAGGACGUUAAGAAAUUGAUCGUUUACAUGAAGGGCAGAAGGGGUGGGGUACGUGAUAGUUUUCUAAAAAUAUCAUUCAAUUAAAUUUUCGUCCCCAUCAAAAUAUAUUACUUAAAUAAAUACAAUGUUAAAUCCCCAUUUGAAUUUUACUGUGCAAAAAUAGUCGAUACAGCUAUUAUUAUUAUAAUAUUAUUGUUUGUGGAAACACUACGUAAAUUUAUUACUGCAAAGCUUUCGAUCCGUAAGCCCGGAUUUCCUAUAGGCCUCUAUAGUUUUGAAGGCUCUGCCUGUCUCUCCAAUAUGGCAAUGUAGCUCCACGAGCAAUCAGAACAGUUAAUCUGAUAAACGACGUCUUUGACUAUCUAUACGUUCAUCUGAUCUUCUGGUGGUGGUCGGUCUUUAGUCAAAGGGAAUAUUAAUUUAUUUAUUUGCUCUAGUGUGCGGAGAGGUUUCGUGGUUACUCGAAUGUCAUAAGGUUUUAGAAUUCGUUACGAGAAAGUGACUAAACCUCCCUUCAAAAGAAUCGAACGUGAAUUAAACGCACAAUUACCAAUUACUUCAACUGAAGCACGAACAAAAACUAGACCAAAACACGUUACACGUACAAAAAACUGCAUUCUACUGACGCCAUACCACCUGCAGUUACCUGCCAUACGAGGAUCUGUCAAACACCACAAACCUAACAAUCCACUCCGUCUUAUAGUUACAUGUAGAAACACAGCUCUUUACAACACCUCUAAAUUUCUCUCAAACAUUCUUUCACCAUUUAAUCACAAAACCACAACGGUUACUCUGUUAACUCCACUGACUUUGCCAAAAAACUCACUGAAGCUCACAUUGUCAUUGACGAUGACGAAAUCAUGGUGUCUUUUGACGUUAUAUCACUUUUUACAGCAAUACCAGUUGACAACGGCAUGUGAACACAUACGCAACAAACUCGAGAAAGACAAAAUCUUACAUCACAGAACCAAACUAUCAAUUGACGACAUCAUUGAACUUUUACGUUUCACUCUUACUAAGUAAUAGCUAUUUUAAUUACAACGAGAAAACCUACAAACAAAUUCACGGUUGUGCUAAUGGAAGUCCUGUUAGCCCUGUUAUGGCAAACCUCUGUAUGGUCUAUGGAGGAGAUUGAUACACAGCUGACUUAACAAAUCAAACACUAUGCCACAUAAGAAAUGGUUUCGCUAUGUCGAUGAUGUCUUUUCUAUCAUUAAGAAACAUGCGUUGACCAAUUUUUACAAUUCACUCAACUCCAUCGACCCACAUAUUAAUUUCACCACAGAACAAGAACUUGACGGAAAACUUUCAUUUUUAGACACUUUAAUCACACGCAACAACGGAUCUCUUUCCAUUGACGUAUACCGAAAACCUAUACACACACUGACAGAUACUUAGACUAUAACUCACACCAUGACAAACAACACAAUUAUACAAAGUUAGCACUGCACUGACACUCUUACACAGAGCAGCAACAUUACCUAACACAGACGAAGGAAAACAACAAGAACGCAAACAUAUAACAAACACGUUGAUCGUUGAUGACAAAUGGUUAUCCUAAGAAAUUCCUACAAGUAGAACAUAAACGUGUCAUGCAACAAAACCGAACUCCUUCACGGCUUCACCUGAAGAACUUGUACAUUUAUUUUUUGAUUCUGUGGAAACGAAGACCAAUUAUAAUUACGCCGUCCUCCCAUACAUCAAAGGACUAACAGAGCCACUGAAACGAAUUGUAAAACCUUAUGACAUUCGUGUAACCACGAAACCUCUCCGCACACUAGAGCAAAUAUUCCCGUUCGACUAAAGACCGACCACCACCAGAAGAUCAGACGAACGUAUAGAUAGUCAAAGACGUAGUUUAUCAGAUUAACUGUUCUGAUUGCUCGCGUGGAACUACAUUGCAAUUGGAGAGACAGGCAGAGCCUUCAAAACUAGGAAAAGAGAACUCGAAAGAAACGUGGAGAAGUAUAAAAGUGGCUCAAACAUCGCGAACCAUGCGUGGAAAAACGAUCAUAGAAUUGACUUUGUAAACGGAAGAAUAAUUGACAAAGACAACUAUCGACAUUAGAAUCUUGGCACACUGCUUGCAUUGAAAACACUGAAUGUCACUGAUAAUAUAACUCAAAACAUUUGCCAUAACAACAAAAACUCUAAAGACCUUAAAUUCUUUUCAAUUUAAAUAGUCAUUAAUCCUAUACGUAGGCGGAACUGACAAUAAUUGUAUGUUGUAUGUCAGUAUAUUGUAAUUGUAAACCACUACGUAAAUAUCACAUCAUUCACUUUAAUCUACUCGGCGAAGACUGCAGACUGGCAAUCAAAUGAAUCUUUUUAACCAGUGAACGUUUGAAACUCUUGUAAAAGUACUGUUCCACAAAACACACAUAGUUACAUUACAUAGAAACACACAUACAUGUAUUUAAAAACAACAUGCAACAGGUUUGAUUGUUUAAUUUUAUAGAUCGUUAGAGAGAUCAUUGAUCCUGGUAAUAGUAAUGCGUUCCAUAUUCUUGUUCCUUCUAAAUUUUGACCCCCUCGAAUUGAAACUGGGGGGAGGGGUGUUGGGGGAAUUGCGAAACGUGUUAAAAAUUUUGUAAUAUUGUGAAAAUUGAGGUUGAAAAUUUGCAAGACGUAUUUUAGGAAAACGUAUACCCCGGCUCACCAACAUUUUCCGGAAAGUUUUUGGGGUGGCAUAAGGGAGCCCAAACCCCCCCCCCCCCCCCCCAAGGCAUAUCGGUCGGCACGUCCCUGACUAAAAUUCUCAGAUGAAGUGUACGUGGAAUGGAAACUGAUCAUUUAUAAUUUAACAUUUAUAUUACAUGUGUUCAGAAACGAACGUUAAGCUACUAUGUAAACGUGCUUAGAAAGUGGGCCUUCCCUUCAACUGAAAAUUAAGUGGCAGUCCCGCUAAGAGCGGUCCGAUGACUUUGACUUCGGAAAAUAGAUUUCCUUUAUUUUUUGUGUGUUGAAAGGCAUUGGUAUACAAGUGUCCAAAAUAAAUUUAUUUUUUGAAAAUUCUUUUUUAUGGCUUCGCUAGACGCCGAAACUCAUUUCACCCGUGCAGAGCUAAUUUCAAGCAAAAUCGAAGGUUGAAUUUCGGUAAAUUGUAGGCCGCGCUGUUUCAAAACGCCUGACUAUUUCCAAAUUUCAACUAGAUCAACAAGUUAAGAUACAAUUCAGGUUCCCUGUUCCAAAAAAUAAGAGCAUUUGAAUAAAUUGUGAAUAAACGACAGCGACUUGACGGCACACCGGUUUUUGCUUCUUGUUCGGUCUAGAAAAUUACACUAAAAUCGAAGCCUGAGAUCUCCAAAUGGGGACCUAAAAUUACGCUGAAAUGUGCUUGGCUGUAAUGAUUUAUACUUAUUUUCAGAAGAUCUGAAGAAAAACCUGCGGGUAUCAAUCUGUAUUUGGCGCGAGUUAAGAUUUUCUGGAGCCCAUAAUCAAUGAUUUUUGCAUAAUUUAUAGCUAAUUAACAUAUUUCUUGAGAGGCGCUAAAAGUAAAGAAUUUCUUUCUGACUAACAUAUCUCAGAUGAAAGAAACUGCCACAGCUAGUAAUACCCUUUUUGUAAAUAUAGUCGUAAUGUGCUUUUCCUGACACGCUGAGAGAGCUUUGUUUUAGAAUGUUAUACCACAUUUAUUCAGUCUGACCAGAUUCAUAUAUAAAUGUCACGAACUUGUAUAUUUCCAAAAUAUACCAGAAACCAGAAUUCAGAAAGACGAUUAUUCUUUCAUUGAUUCAGCUGAUUGAUUUAGUUGAUUGAUUUAAAAAACUAUAGGCCUAAGUAUAAUGGAACAUUCCAUGUGUUUCCAUUGCCCCUAUAUAGGCCUAGAAUUUUUAUCAAUAUGUUCUAUUUUUCUGUGGCGACGGCAUAACAAAAUACGACACAAAAAUGUACAUUCGAAUUUAUGACCGACAUAUCAGAAUGUUAUUUAUGAAGUUUGAAUUGAAUUUACUUAACGCGAAAUAAAUACUAAAAUAGGAAUUUUCUAUGCCGGGUUUAUAGUAAAAGAAAAAGCAUAAUUUUAAUUGUAUGUAAUUUCGAUGAAUACUAUAUAUAAAAAAAAUUAUACGCAUUGUUUAUAUAAAUUAGCUAACAUUUUUAACAAAAAUAUCAAUUUUAUAAAUAAUCGAAUUUCAAUAUUUUUCUUUGAAAAAAAAAUAUAUUCGUGAGCUCCAUAGCUGAGAAUAAAUUUCAAAAGUUUGUGAAUUAAAAUUCACAAGACACAAGUUUGAUAUUUUUGUUAAAUAACUGAUCAGAAUGCUUAUAGUUUAUUUCGGUUACAUGGCUAAAACAAACGUCGCUACUAUCGUAAUAUAAACAAUGCGUAUAAUUUUUUUAAUAGUAUUCAUCGAAAUUACAUACAAUUAAAAUUAUGCUUUUUCUUUUACUAACCCAGCAUAGAAAAUUCCUAUUUUAGUAUUUAUUUCGCGUUAAGUAAAUUCAAUUCAAACUUCAUAAAUAACAUUCUGAUAUGUCGGUCAUAUAAAAUUCGAAUGUACAUUUUUGUGUCGUAUUUUGUUAAUAUGCCGUCGCCACAGAAAAAUAGAACAUAUUGAUAAAAAUUCUAGCCCUAUAUAGGGGCAAUGGAAACACAUGGAAUGUUCUAUUAUACUUAUAGUUUUUUAAAUCAAUCAACUAAAUCCAUCAACUAAAUCAAGGAAAGAAUAAUCGGUCUUUCUGAAUUCUGAUUUGUGGUACUGAUAUUGUUGAAAUAUACAAGUUCGUGACAUUUAUGAAUCUGGUCAGACUGAAUAAAUGUGGCAUAACAUUCAAAAUCAAAGCUCUCUCAGCGUGUCAGGAAAAGAACAUUACGACUAUAUUUACAAAGAGGGUUUUACUAGCUGUGGUAGUCUCUUUCAUCUGAGAUAUGUUAGUCAGAAAGAAAUUGUUUACUUUUAGCGCCUCUCAAGAAAUAUGUUAAUUAGCUAUAAAUUAUGCAAAAAUCAUUGAUUAUGGACUCCAGAAAAUCUUAACUCGCGCCAAAUACAGAUUGAUACCCGCAGGUUUUUCUUCAGAUCUUCUGAAAAUAAGUAUAAAUCAUUACAACCAAGCACAUUUCAGCGUAAUUUUAGGUCCCCAUUUGGAGAUCUCAGGCUUCGAUUUUAGUGUAAUUUUGUAGACCGAACAAGAAGCAAAAACCGGUGUGCCGUCAAGUCGCUGUCGUUUAUUCACAAUUUAUUCAAAUGCUCUUAUUUUUUGGAACAGGGAACCUGAAUUGUAUCUUAACUUGUUGAUCUAGUUGAAAUUUGGAAAUAGUCAGGCGUUUUGAAACAGCGCGGCUCUACAAUUUACCGAAAUUCAACCUUCGAUUUUGCUUGAAAUCAGCUCUGCACGGGUGAAAUGAGUUUCGGCGUCUAGCGAAGCCAUAAAAAAGAAUUUUCAAAAAAUAAAUUUAUUUUGGACACUUGUAUACCAAUGCCUUUCAACACACAAAAAAUAAAGGAAAUCUAUUUUCCGAAGUCAAAGUCAUCGGACCGCUCUUAGCGGGACUGCCACUUAAAUCCCCAGGGUUGCACACAAGUUCAUAUUUAGAAUAGUGGAAUGAACACAAUUUUUAAACUAACCAAUUUCAUUUUAGGAAUACGACUUCACAUUAGUUAGCAUAAAAGCAGAAGAUAUCAAUUCAUUGUGUACAAAACUUGCCAUCCAACCACUCCAGCUUAAACGUAUUUCACAUCGUGAUGUUUACAAUGUAAAAACAGUGCAAAUUGCACAAUAUGCUGAAGGCAAGUCAAAGUGGUUAAGUACAGGCAGAGUUUAUGAAAUCCAGGCGAAGUACAUUCUCUAUAAUGCAGAUACUACCACUGGUUGUUCUGGGUCGCCUGUGUUCUACGCGUGCAAUGAAGAUUGUUACAUCAUAGCAAUGCACAAGUCAGGUGGUGUGGUGACGUCAUCAUCUAAAGAAUCAGUGAACAAGGGAGUGUUUAUAAAUCAUAUUUUUGAUCGUCUUUAUGGGGGUAAGUUGGAAAUGGUUUGUAGUAUAGGUGGCUUUCGUUUACACAAAAGAAUCUCAUUAUAAUCAGAAUCUCACUACUUGAACUCUGUGGUUGAAACCUAUACACCGCAUACACAAUGGACUACAUUUUAAUAAUUUAAUACAAUACGAUAACAGUAAAUAAUAAUGACGAAAUCUCAAGAAUGAUGUUAGAAUUUAUUAAAAAAACCCUGGUAAUAAUUGACGUUUAUAAUAAUUGAUGUUUAUUUACUUUAUUACUUUUGGGUAAAUUGUAAAUUAAGUGGCCAGAAGAAAAACAGUGUUUCACUGUCAAAACAAUAUAUCUGAAUUUGGUGCCAAACAUUCUUGCUUCCUGGAAAGGAAAUUUAAUUUCUGGAACAACAUUUUUAAUGAUAGGCAAACAGGAAGGCAUUGGAGGAGAUUUCAGCGAUGUUUUCGUAUGUUCUCUGUUGCGCAAAGCGUUAGAAAUUGAACAAAGUAAAUUAUCGUUUGUUUUUCUACCACAGAUCCUGUGCAACUUUUGCAGCCUGAAUCAAAACCUAUUUUUUCUCCGCAAGAAAUAGGCCGAAGAUUAUCCGAUAAGUGGGAAAAGAUUGCUCUAGCUACCGGGAAAUUCGACUUUGAAGAGAUCAAGAAUAUUCGAAAGAAUCCUAAUCACGAAGACAAUGUACUGAAAGCGAUCGCGAUGUUGGGUGAUUAUCACAAGAGACGAGGUACUAAAGAAGGUCUAGCGUCUGCCUUGAAGGAAUUUGGAGAACUUGAUUUAGCAGAAAAAGUUCACGUUGAUUAUUUUCAAACACAGGCUAACUAGGAGUAGAAAGCCGCAUGUUGUGAACACAUCUUGUUGACAAGAUGUGAGAUUCUUACGUGUGUAAAGGACCUUAGUUUACACCUAAGAUACUGUAUGACUCCGCGGGCGGUAGUUUUCUAUUUUCUGUCAGUUUAAUUUAACGUGUUUUAAAUAACUUAAUACGAAUGUGAUAUUUAAAUUAGUAUGACCUUUCUAUCAAUGAUGCAAAUAAAUAAUUAUCAUACAAUAAAAUUAGUCAGCAUAAUUUUUGUUUUCACUUAUUCCUGC